GGUUAAACCUUCAUUUAAUCAAGUGUAAUACAAACGCAUGGCUUUUAUUAAUUUGAGAUGAUGAAUUAUAUCGGAAAUCAAUUGCCAGAAAUCGGUGAUAGUUAUGUUUAUAUCUAUGCUCAUACUCUGUGAUCUCAUGAACAAAAGAGAGGGUAGCAAGAUGGGUACCAAACUCAAAACAGUUGUUGCCACCUUCUUCCUUUGCUUCCUCUUGUUUCCUCUGGUGUUCUCUGCUUCCAAUGGCGGGUUGGUCAGAAUUGGAUUAAAAAAGACAAAGCUUGAUAAAAAUAACCGGGUUGCUGCCCAGCUCGAGUCAAAAGAUGGAGAGGUCCGGAGUGCUUCUAUUCGGAAAUAUUAUCUCCGUGGGAACUCAGGAGAUCCAGAGGACAUUGAUAUUGUAUCUUUAAAGAAUUACAUGGAUGCCCAGUACUUUGGAGAGAUUGGUAUUGGUACUCCCCCUCAGAAGUUCACUGUAAUAUUUGACACUGGUAGUUCUAAUUUGUGGGUGCCCUCUUCCAAGUGUUACUUCUCGGUUGCUUGCUAUUUCCAUUCCAAGUACAAGUCAAGCAGUUCAAGUACCUACAAGAAGAAUGGUAAACCAGCUGAUAUCCAUUAUGGAACCGGAGCUAUUUCUGGGUACUUUAGUCAAGACCAUGUGAAAGUUGGUGAUCUUGUCGUCAAGAAUCAGGAAUUUAUUGAGGCAACUAGAGAGCCCAGCAUCACAUUCUUGGUGGCCAAGUUUGAUGGCAUACUUGGCCUUGGAUUUAAAGAGAUUUCAGUUGGAAAUGCUGUACCUGUGUGGUACAACAUGGUUAAACAAGGUCUUGUUAAGGAACCGGUUUUUUCAUUUUGGUUUAACCGAAAUACUGAUGAAGAAGAAGGGGGUGAGAUUGUUUUUGGUGGGGUGGAUCCUAACCAUUACAAGGGGAAGCAUACUUAUGUUCCUGUGACACAGAAGGGCUAUUGGCAGUUUGACAUGGGUGAUGUAUUGAUUGAUGGUCAAACAACUGGAUUUUGUGCCAGUGGAUGUUCAGCAAUUGCAGAUUCUGGAACAUCUUUGUUGGCAGGCCCAACGACUAUCAUCACUGAAGUCAAUCAUGCAAUAGGAGCCACUGGGGUUGUAAGUCAAGAGUGCAAGGCUGUAGUUGCAGAAUAUGGAGAAACCAUAAUCAAGAUGCUGUUAGAAAAGGACCAACCAAUGAAAAUCUGCUCACAGAUUGGUUUGUGCACUUUCGAUGGGACUCGAGGUGUAAGUAUGGACAUUGAGAGUGUUGUGGAUAACACUCGUAAAGCAUCUAAUGGUUUGCGCGAUGCAAUGUGCUCUACAUGUGAGAUGACAGUUGUUUGGAUGCAGAACCAACUUAAGCAGAAUCAAACACAGGACCGUAUACUAACUUAUGUCAAUGAGCUCUGUGACCGGCUGCCUAGUCCAAUGGGAGAAUCAGCAGUUGAUUGUAACAGUUUGUCUUCAUUGCCUAAUGUUUCCCUUACGAUUGGUGGAAGGGUUUUUGAUCUCAGCCCUGAGCAGUAUGUCCUUAAAGUUGGUGAGGGAGAAGCAGCUCAAUGCAUUAGUGGAUUUACUGCUCUGGAUGUGCCACCUCCUCGUGGACCUCUCUGGAUCCUGGGGGAUGUUUUCAUGGGUCGCUACCAUACAGUAUUUGACUAUGGCAAUCAGAGAGUUGGGUUUGCUGAAGCUGCCUAAUCUGCUGUUUCAGUUUGUCCUUGUCUAUCCAUCUCUUCGAACACGUUGCAUUCUGAAAUACUAGUUGUACUGUAAUAUCGUCCUUGGUGUUGAACUUAAGCUCCAAAUAACAAUUACAUGUAAAUAUGUGUGGGCAUAAUGUGGAGCUUGUUUCUGUGAAUCCGCAUCAAACUUGUUUUAAUCAUGUUAAAAGAAUUAUACGUUAUAAUAUAAACAUGUUUCUAUGGUC